UCUGUGCCCCCUCCCCAGCAGAUUGUCAAGGAGGGGGACAGCAACAAUGAUGGAGAGUUGGACUUCCAGGAGUUCAGGCAGUACCUCCGCUCCCACGAGGAAGAGCUCCGACUCAUGUUCCUCAGCCUGGACCGCAACAACGACGGUGAGAUAGAUGUAUCAGAGAUUCAGCAGUCCCUUCAAACUCUGGGAAUAGCUGUGAGUCUGAAGGAGGCUGCCACGAUCAUGAAGAGUAUUGACAGGGAUGGUAACAUGACCAUCGACUGGGAUGAGUGGCGAGAUCACUUCCUGUUCAACCCCAUACACAGUCUGGAAGACAUCUCUCGCUACUGGAAACACUCUCAUAUGCUGGACAUAGGAGACAACCUGACCUGUCCUGAUGAGUUCUCCGAGCAGGAGAAGAAGUCAGGGUUCGUCUGGAGACAGCUGAUGGCUGGAGCUAUGGCAGGAUCAGUCUCCCGGACCGGCACCGCCCCACUGGACCGCCUUAAAGUCUUCCUGCAGGUGCAUGGCUCGACCCCGGGGAACCCUGCAGGGGCCCUUGGGGUGGGGAACAUGAUCAGUGGGCUGAGGGCCAUGGUGAAGGAGGGAGGAUUCAGUUCCCUGUGGAGGGGCAACGGGGUCAACGUCAUGAAGAUCGCCCCCGAGACCGCCAUCAAGUUCUGGGCCUACGAACAGAUUAAGAGAUGGAUGCGUGGCAGUAAGGAGAGGGGACCUCUGAGGGUUCAUGAGAGGUUUGUAGCUGGGUCGUUAGCAGGAGCUACCGCUCAGACAGCCAUCUACCCUAUGGAGGUCCUGAAGACUCGUCUGACCCUGGGGAAGACAGGCCAGUACACCAGUGUGUUAGACUGUGCCAGACAGAUCUUCCACAGGGAGGGCAUCAUGGCCUUCUAUAAAGGAUAUGUACCCAACAUCAUAGGCAUCAUACCCUACGCUGGCAUUGACCUCGCCGUCUACGAGACUAUGAAGAAUGCGUGGCUAGCGAGGCACACAGAUUCAGCAGACCCAGGUGUUGUGGUGUUGGUGGGGUGUGGAACCAUGUCCAGUACCUGUGGUCAGCUAGCCAGUUACCCUCUGGCUCUGGUCAGAACACGCAUGCAGGCACAGGCCUCUGUGAAGGGUGGCCCUCAGCUCUCCAUGCUAGGUCUGUUCCAGAACAUUGUGACCCAGGAGGGCGUGGCUGGCCUCUACCGCGGCAUCGCCCCCAACUUCCUGAAAGUCAUCCCCGCCGUCAGCAUCUCCUACGUAGUCUAUGAACACAUGAGGUGGAGAAUAGAGAAAUCUCUGGGAUAGGAUGACACCAUCUCCAUGUUGUGUGGUUGGUUGGUCCUGAAGAAGGAAGGGAUACGCCACUGGAACCUUGGAACCACCAUGACUUCUAGAACUGUUCAUAUUGGAACCACCAGGACUUCUAGAACUUUUCAUAUUGGAACCACCAGGACUUCUAGAACUGUUCAUAUUGGAACCACCAGGACUUCUAGAACUUUUUAUAUUGGAACCACCAGGACUUCUCGAACUGUUCAUAUUGGAACCACCAGGACUUCUAGAACUUUUCAUAUUGGAACCACCAGGACUUCUAGAACUUUUCAUAUUGGAACCAGGGUGACUUGAGAACUUUUCACAAUGAAAGGACCAGUAGCAAUCUACCUGCCAUGACUCAUCAUAGGUGGAAGAAGAGGAUGAGGAAGAGGAGAAGAUGAGGUGUUGAAGUCUUUCUUUCGAUGAUCUGAAAAGAUUGGGAUGUGCUUGUGGACACAGGAUUUAAAUAAACCUCUACCUACGAGAGAAUUUUAAAUUAUAAUGCUGUGAGGACAUUUUAGACAGCCGGAUGAGAAACAAGCACAUUAAACCUUGUACUGUAUUUAGGGUUGCAAAAUUUCAGGAACUUUCCCCAAAUUCCCUGAUUUUCCAGAAAUCCAGGUUGGAAUUUUUCUUGAAUCAGACAGAAAUAAGCACAAAAUCCAUAAUCCUCCAACCUGGGAAUUUGGGGGAAAAUGACUGGAUUUUGCAACCCGAUAUUGAAACUUGAGUUUUUUCUGAAUCCCAGUUACUGUGGUACGUUUCAACAAAGAGUUUUAUCAAGAGUUUUAUCAAAGUGCGUAAAUAGUUAGAGAUGCAUGGUUUAAUCAAGUACUAAAGCCAAUAGAACACAGACACGCGCUGAUGUCAUCACGAUGAUGAUACGACUCAGAGGUGGUCCCCCUUUUACGUGUGUGUGUGUGUGUGUGUGUGUGUGUGUGUGUGUGUGUGUGUGUGUGUGUCAGUGUGUGUGUGUGUGUGUGUGUGUGUUUGUGUGUGUGUGUGUGUACAGCGAGUAGGUGUGAUUUUUGUCUCACAAAAAAUAUGAUAAAACUCCAGAAUGCCAAAUCAA